GGCGCACGAUUAAGAAGAGCCUCAGGCUCGAGAAGAGAUGAAGAACCUCAAUAAAGACCUUUUUAAGGUGGAAGAAAGGACAGAACAGCUCGACAAUAAUUCCUCAUCAGAAGAUGAAGAGACUCUCCAGCCUUUAACCUUGAGAAGAUUACUUUUAUUGACCAUUUGUACGGCAGGACAGGCCUUUAGCUGGGCGUGUCAGUUUACGUACAUGACUCCACACUUCCUAGAGUUGGGUUUAGAAAAGGAAUGGGCUAACUUCCUGUGGGUAGCUGGUCCAAUAAGUGGCUUAAUAGUACAACCCACCAUUGGCGCAUACUCAGAUCGCUGCACGUCGCGCUUUGGAAGGAGACGACCUUUUUUGUUUGCUGGAAUGUUAUGCAUGGUCUGUGGACUUUUGUUAGUUGCGAACUCGAAGAAUAUUGGGAAACUUUUUGGAGACUCUUCCAGGAGCGCCCCACGAGGAGCUCUUGUUAUUUCGAUUAUCGGUUUUUGGAUCAUAGAUUUGUCAAACAAUGCGAUACAGGCUCCAGGAAGAACUCUUCUUGCAGAUUUAGCACCUCCAGAGCAGCAAGAAUUGGCCAACGCGUUGACUUCGUUUUGGAUGGGAGUAGGUAAUUUAGGGGGUUACGUUGUGGGUGGAUUUCCCGCCAUAUAUUCUUGGAUACCUUUGGGUUGGAGUGACCUUAACAGUGUUUUCAUCAUUGCCGUGGCAGUUCUCGUUCCUACUUGUCUGACAACUCUACUAUGUGCGAAUGAGAAACCAUUGGCCAAAGAUCCUUUAGAAUUUAUGGGAGACUCGGGGAGACGACAAAGUAUAGAUACGGGGAAAAGGCCAACUGUUCUAACAGAAAUUCUUCGUGCUUUUGCGGACAUGCCGAAGCCUAUGGAAGGCGUGAUGUAUGUCCAAUUUUUUAGUUGGAUUGCAUUCUUUGCUUUUCAGAUCAACGCAAGUAGUUGGAUGGGUGAGAAUAUUUUCGGUGGAAAGCCUACUGCAUAUCCAGAAUAUAGUGAAGAGGCCUUCAAGCGUCUUCACGCUUUUGAGGCAGGCGUCAAGGCUUUCAGUUUGAGUAUGGCAGUCCAAUCUGUCGUCUCGCUAUUGUUUUCUGCACUGCUACCUGUCGUUAUAGGCUUAACAAGUUUGAGAGCAGUUUAUUUGUUUACUCAAAUUGAUCUGGCUAUGACUUUGCUGGUUGCCGUUGGUAUUACUUACUUACCUGUUACUUGGAGAAAAAUCUUUGCCAUGUUGCUUGUCUCUAGUACUGGAAUACCAUGGGCUGCAACGCUCUCAUUGCCAUAUGCUAUUGUUGCUCGUUUGGCUGAUCCGGACGCAAAAGGAUUAUUCCUUGGUGUAUUAAAUAUUUUCAUAGUCAUACCGCAACUACUAGUAGCUCUCAGUGUAGGUGCAGUCUUGAAAAUGUUUGGUGGCAACCUCAAUGCAGCUCUUGUACUGGGUGGAUUUUCAGCUAUUCUUGCGGCAUUUUUUGUGGUUAACUUAACACUUCCAAAAGAAAUUGAGACAGAAGAGGAAGAUGAGGAACGGCAAGAGGAAGAAAAAGAAGAAGAUGAACAGGUUGAAGAUCGAUAUAGAACCGUUCGAUCCAGAGUGCGAUCGAAAGCAGGGUUAGGAGGAGGGAGAAGUGGGUUUUCCGAACCAACACUUGAAGAAGAAAACGUGCCUUUGUUGGUUCCACGUUCACGCUCACGAAUCAGAACCUCUCCUUCAGAAGUAUUUUUGCCCACUUAUGGAGCAAUACCAGGAUAUGGAAUUUUCUAUGGCUUUGGAAGUAAGCGUUUCCAGGCCACGAUGCGACGUGUUAGAUCCAGUGAAGGACCGCUUAUGCGUGUUACAUCUGCAUCUUCAGGUUUACGAAUACCAAAAAUACGUCGUGUCCAAAGUGAGGCAAGAACCCCGUUAAACUGCUACACCGGCAUUGACAAAACUGAGAAAUAAGAUAGCCAUACUUUAUACAGAGU